AUGAUCUUGUCAUGGAUUAAAGGGGUAAAAUUACCCCUAUCGCAGAAGCCAGUCCAACGAUGCCUUCCUAAAGAGCCUAAAUGGUCUUUCAAGGAAGAAGCCACCAUUAAAAUAGCGCUUAAAGAAUUGAGCCGCAUAGGGGCAAUCAGCACGGCCAAACCGUCAAAUAGGCAAUACAUCUCAAAUAUAUUUCUCCGAAAAAAGCACGAUGGUUCAGAUAGGGCAAAGAACAUUGACUUAUUCAAACCUACUCUAAGCGCGUUAAUGGAUUUCUUUGCAAGCGUAUUUGGAAAAGGAGUCUCAUACGGUACUCUGAAUUCUUAUCGAGCUGCGAUAGGCCAUAUCAUUGGAGGAGAACUUACACAAGAUCCUCGAGUGAAAAAAUUUUUCAGAGGUGCGUACAAUAUACGUCCCAACCCUCCGAAGUAUGAGGACACAUGGGAUCCGGAAUUGGUUCUCAACCUUGCUCGUAAACUGCCUAAUGACGGUAUCACUCUUGAGCAGCUGACACGGAAAUUAGCUGUACUCUUGGCUAUCUGCACUGGACAGAGGGUCCAGACUCUCCAUAAUAUCGAAGUACAAAACAUUGUUACCGUAGAUGAUAAGAUAGAGAUAAAAAUACCUAAGAGGCUCAAGUCCUCUGAAGUUAGCGAUGUUGCUAAAUCGUUGAAAUCAACCAAAUCCGAUGUGCUGUUAUUUCUGACAGAUGAAAUAAUACAACUAAUGGACCAGCAAACCAAUGUGCGCGCACGUGAAAUAAUAGCAAAUAAGAAACCACGAACAUCUACCCGCUUUUCCAGAUGGCAUGAAGAUGAAAUGGAAUUGUUUAUUGGAGUCAUCAUACUAAUGGGAGUUAUAAAUUUUCGAACCAUAGAGAGCUACUGGAAAAAAAAAACCAAUUUAUUACCACGAAAUAUUUCAGGAAAUGCCAAUCAGCUACACUCGAUUUACACUACUCCUCAAAUGCUGGCAUUUUCAGGACAAUAG